AUGGGCGAUCGAUUAGACCUCGGCGUUAGGACCUUGUCUUCGAAUUCAUCUUAUAAGAUCCUGAAAAUUUCCAGAACACCAUUGAUGCUUGCUGUAACUAUGGGCCACAAGCAGUGUGCAUUUGAACUUCUGAAAAAGGGAGCGAACGCGGACGCCCAAAAUAAAGGAAUGUGGUCAGUAAGCCACGAAGCCAUUUCAUUUGGUGAUCCCGAAUUGGUCAAAAAUGUUAUAAUGUAUCGUGAUUACCAAAGAAGUGUUCGAGGUGCUAACAGUAUGAAGGACUGCUUAACUACAUUGGAGAAUUCCCCUGAUUUUUACUGCGAAAUGGGCUGGGAAUUUGCAAGUUGGGUACCGUUUAUAAGUCGAAUGUGCCCGUCUGAUACUUACAAGAUAUACAAGCAGGGCUCUAAAGUACGGAUAGACACGACGUUAGUGGGAUUUGAAGCUUCCAGUUGGAAAAGAGGAAAUCAAACGUAUAUUUUCCGACUGGAUGAACAUUCCUUACCAGAAUUCAUCAUCAUCGAUCAUGACACAAAAACGGUAACAAUUCAAUUAAGAAUGACAUCACCUAUAUCGACGACGUUCAUUGAUGUCGACAAGAUUGGUUUCGAACGCUCAUAUCGUGGAGGUUUACUCGGUUGGAUAAGCAAUACAGAAAAGACGGAGACUAUAGAUGAAUACGAGUGCAAGGUGUUUAAUGCGUCAAACGUGAACCUGGUCACCAAAACUCGCAAGGAACACCUAUCAGAAGAAGAUUCAGCGCGUGCAAGACAGGAGGAUAAUUCAAAUCUAUUGACAAAUCUACUGAGCACAAUUGUUAGAUCGGAAACGAGUGAAGAAUCAACAACCGAAAACCUCCUGGACACGGGUUUAACAGUAUAUGAAUAUCUGGAUAAAGAUUUCCCAUUGGAUGGUGAUAUUGGCCGACCUAAGAAAGUUACCAAAAAGUCCAAUAAUUUUAAAGCUACUUUAUGGUUAGCUGAAAACUACCCGCUCUCAUUCCAGGAACAAGUGAUGCCUAUAGUAGACUUGAUGGCUGCAAAUAGCGCUCAUUUUGCUCGCUUGCACAACUUUAUAAGAAUGCAACUUCCUGCCGGCUUUCCCGUUAGGAUCGACAUCCCACUGUUCCACGUAGUAAGUGCAAAGAUCACCUUCGGACAAAUAAAUGAGCCCGGACCAUUCGUCACACCACUGGAGACCUUGUCUGGAUUCAAAGUAGCGACUGUCGCCAUAGAUGACGAAGUAUUCACCAUACCGCCUUCAUAUAGAACAGUUGAUGAUCUUAGUGCAAGUCUAUGGUGGCCAGAAGACGAACAAGACAUGUCGAGUUUACAGGGUGGUGCAGCCUCUAUAUAUCAUCCAUCCAUGCAGCAACAAGAAGAAAUGCUCUUACAACUUGCUAUACAAGAAAGCUUCCGCCAAAAUAGUUCACAAGGUGGCCUUGAUGCUUCCCAGAGUGGUUACGUCCCCAUAAACCAACUACUCCCUCAAGAUACCUUGCCAUUAUACGAUGAAGAAGCCGAGGAACAACGACAAAUUGCUCUAGCAAUCAAUGAAAGUCUAAGAAUGGCCGGAGAAUCAAUCAACGAAAUUCCACAGGAGGAAGAAGAUCCGAUUGCUUUGGCUUUACGCCUUUCUCGUGACGAAGAACAACGACGUCAAGAAGAGGCCCGUAGAGAAGAGGAAGAACUAGAGCGAAUUCUACAGCUUUCGUUGGUAGAUAAGUAA